CAUCGGCCCUUCCUCUCUUGUUCCACAUUUAAGCUACAAGCUCAAGCCUAAUGCAGCCCCUCCAAAACUUCUCUUUCCCUCCCAAGAAGUCUUAACUUUACAAACUAACAACUUGACUAUUGACCUCAAAACAUUCACAAGCUAUACACUGUCAACCGCUCAUAACAGCCCUGACAAAGCAAUAUCUCCAAAAUGGUUUACACCUUGACCGUUCAUCUCUAUGCCAACGAGAACCCAGAAUCUAUACCCCGCAUCAAGGCCAAGCUCAUUGAAGCAUCCCGAGUCUACAAACAGGACAAGGAAACCGUUGACUGGAUUGUCAUGCAAGAUGUCCACGACCCUAGAGCAUUCACCAUUGUAGAGAGAUUCGAACAAGAAAGUAGUCAAAAGUACCACCUCGAGAACCCAUACUGGAAAACUUUCGACCCAUACGUCGUUCCACUCUUGGGAAAGCCAAUGGAUCUCCGAAGACAUGAGGAGUUGGAUAUCAGCAAGGAGGUUGAAGUUCCAGCCUAAAGAAUCUACCUAGCAUCCAUAUCAUCAACCAUAUACGCGAAUAAGGAAAGUUGGAUACGCUCCUUGGCUUUGUAAUCUAGAACAACCCUUCAGAUAUUAGAGCUUUCUACUAUUAGAUGUCAAUGCGAUAGGACUAUUAUGAUGAGAUUCUGUGAUUGAUAUCUCUGGCCCACAGGCU